ACACAGUUUUCAGGACUCAUUCAUCAGCCUGCACUCUGCCUGCGCCGUAUGUGUAUGCAUGUGUGUGUGCGUGCGUGAGUCUUAAGGGGGUACAUGGUCUUUUCUUUGCGAGACACAUCCCCUCCUCUGUCAGAAAACGAGAGAGAGUGAGAGUGAGAGAGAGAGAGUGAGAGAGAGAGAGAGAGAGAGAGAGAGAGAGAGAGAGAGAGGAAACAAGUAAGGGGGAGAAUUGCACUUCAGAUCUCACAUGCCAUGGAAGAGCAUGCGCUGCUCUUCUGGAUUUCCAUGGGACUUAUGUCCGCCAUGGUCGGCGGGGCCAUGAGGAAGAUCCUGGCGACGCACGUCAGCGCCGGUCCCACCAUGGUGGCCUGGCUGGGGGUCACCAUGCUGGUGGAGCGACUUAGCUCGCUGGGCCUCCCCGCCGUGCUGGCGCUGGCUGCUCUGGGAGCCGUCUGCCUCCUUGUGCCCUACUGGAGCCCCCCGGUGGCCCCCCUUCCCACAGAAGGCAGGGCGGUCUUCAUCACAGGUUGUGACUCCGGUUUUGGGAAGUCAGCUGCUCAGAAGCUGGACGCCCUUGGGUUCGAGGUGUUCGCCAGCGUGCUGGAUCUGAGUGGAGAAGGAGCCCAAGAGCUGCAGCGCGUUUGCUCGCCCCGUCUUACCCUAAUCCAGAUGGACAUAACCCAAGCUCAGGACAUUCAGCAGGCGCUGGCUCGCACCAAGGCCAAACUGGGGCUCCGAGGCCUUUGGGGGCUGGUGAAUAACGCUGGGGUGUGCGUGAACUUCGGGGAUGCGGAGCUUUCCCUCAUGUCCAACUACAGGGGCUGCAUGGAGGUCAACUUCUUCGGCACACUGAGUGUGACCCAGACAUUCCUGCCUCUUCUGCGACGGGCGAAAGGCAGGAUUGUGACAGUGUCCAGCCCCUCAGGGGAGCAGCCGUUUCCCUGCCUGGCAGCGUAUGGUGCUUCCAAGGCAGCACUGAACCUGUUCAUCAACACUCUGCGGCAUGAGCUGGAACCCUGGGGUGUCAAGGUGUCCACCAUACUCCCCGCAUCAUUCAAGACAGGUCAAUCCAGUAAUUUUGAGUACUGGGAGUUCCAGUACAAGCACCUCCUCCAGAACCUACCUCCAGCCCUCCUGGAGGAGUACGGCGAGGAGUACGUACUGGAGACGAAGCAACUUUUUCAGCAACAUGCCAAGAUGGCGAAUGAGGACCUGAGCCCCGUCAUCGACACCAUCAUCGACGCUCUAGUGUCGCCACGACCCAAGGUGCGCUACUACGCCGGCCCGGGUGUGGGCCUCAUGUACUUCAUCCACAGCUACUUCCCCCUGUCCCUGAGCGACCGCUUCCUACAGAGACUUUUCAUGAAGAAGAAAGUGCUGCCUCGGGUACUGCAGAAGCAGAGCAGCGACACCAGCGAUAGCCACAACAACAACAACAUCGACAAAGUAGAUGAAUAAACGCGGAUUGGCGCACGCAGAGAUGCGAUAGGACCACCCAUUUAGCGUACUCACAGUGAUGUUUUCCCACUGUACCCUCUUCCUUACUUGUGUUUUGUACUUUUUGAAGGGAUCACCAAAUCGCACCCAAACGUCUACAUCUUACUGCAGGACAUGGCACAUAUAUGCGUGUAAUAAGGUCAAACAGGGGACAGUAGACUAAAGUUCACAAAGCCAGACUGUUAAGUAGUUUUACUGUGCUGUCUUGAGAAGGAGGUUUUCUGCUGAGUGAGAAUAUAUACAUUGUCCACCUGAACCCUUAGAUUGGUUAAAUCAUGUGACGUGUUAAAAUCUCAGCUCUUGGGAGUUUUACUUACACAAAAAUGUUCUGAGGGAAGAAGAAUAAUUGAUUGGUUCAGAGAGAUAACCAAUCAGAUUGUAGAGGAGCAGGGGCCUAGUAACUAUAAGAGGUUGGACCAAGACAUCUGAUUGGUUCACUCCACCUCUUCUAGUUUCUUGGACCCACCUCCUCUACAAUCUGAUUGGUUAUCUCUCUGAACCAUUCAUUUUUCGUUCUGCCCUCAGAAGAUUUUUUGUGUAAGUAAAACCCCCAUUAGCAAAAUCUCAACCUAAAUGCACUGACACGUAUGGAAAAAAAACUGCCUGCCUUUUGUGUGUUUGACUGUAUUUGUGUGCGUGCGAAUGUAUGCGUUCGGGUAUAUCGGUGUGUGCUUGUGUAUGUAUGUGAGCGUUUCUGUGUUUGUCGGCAGACUCCAUCUGGGGUUUUGCCGUACACUGGAAUCGUAUUGUUUCUGGGCAGAACCGAUCCAGCACCACCACUUCACCAACGCCACAUACUGAUUUGGGUUCACAGCACAGCGGCUGAAUCUCACGCAAUGCCUCAGCUCUCGGUUUUGUAAAUAAACACCUUGAUAUUCAGUUUGGGUGUGCAAGGACCGAAUUGCCAAGGGUCAUUUUUGCUAUAUUACUCUUUGUUAGUGUUCUUUUCCCCUUAUGUUGUUCUUUGAGUCGAAAUAUUUAUGCCAGUUUCUCCACAAAUCAAUGACUGUGAAUUUUGUAAAAAAAAAAAGAAAAAAGAAAAACAUGAAAUUGUUCACACAGUUAAUUCUUUGAUAGUAUUAAAAAAUUAAAUAUUUUGAA